CCUGUACAAUCCUUAUAUUUGUAUCGGACAAACAGGAAGAUGGUUGAAGAUCCGAAGAGAAAACUGCUCAUUGUUCUUGCUGUCCUCUUGCUGCCCAGCUCAGCACAAACAGUGAAUACAGACAGACUCUCAGGGCAUCACUGCACUGACUUCCAGACAGCCAAUUUUCUACGGGGCAGCAAACUUAAGGUCCAGUUUCUUCUGUUCACUCCUUCGAGCCCCAGCUGUGGAGAACUGAUUUCAGCUGAUGAUGGCAUCAAGAACUGCAGUUUCAACAGCAACCUGAAAACCAAAAUCAUCAUCCAUGGCUUCAGGGCUUUGGGUACCAAACCUUCCUGGAUUGAAGGGCUUGUCCAGGCCAUACUUCACACCAGCCAGGUGAAUGUGAUCGCAGUAGACUGGGUUUAUGGGUCUACAGGAGCCUAUCCCUCUGCAGUGGAAAAUGUCACACAGCUGGCCCUCGCCAUCUCACAGUUCAUCAGCAAGCUCCUGGCCCUGGGAGUCUCAGGGACAUCUAUCCACAUCAUUGGGGUAAGCCUUGGAGCACACGUUGGGGGCCUGGUGGGGCACUUCCAUGGUGGUCGCCUGGGACAGAUAACAGCCCUGGAUCCUGCAGGCCCUAAGUACACCAGAGCCAGCCCCGAAGAGCGCCUGGAUCCUGGGGAUGCCCUCUUCGUGGAAGCUAUUCAUACUGAUGCUGACAAUUUCGGGAUCCGGAUUCCAGUAGGCCACAUCGAUUAUUUUGUCAAUGGAGGCAAAGAUCAGCCAGGAUGCCCCCGAUUCUUCUCUGCAGGCUAUAACUUUCUGAUCUGUGAUCACAUGCGGGCAGUACAUCUCUACAUCAGUGCCUUGAACCAUCCCUGUCCCAUCGUGGGGUUCCCCUGUGCAAACCAUCAAGAUUUUCUAAAUGGUCAUUGCCUGGACUGUGCAGAACCCUUCCUGUCCUCCUGUCCCAGAAUAGGCCUGCUGGAGCAGGCAGGUGUCAACGUGAGCAGGCUGCCGCCGGAAGUGAAAGUUUUUUUAAUGACUGGUCCUUCAGCCCCAUUCUGUGUCUACCACAGCCUGGUUGAGUUUCAUUUGUGGAAGAAAAGAAACAGAGUCACCAGCAUUGAGAUCAGUUUCAGCAGUAACAGCACCAAGGACACAGCCAAGAUCACCAUACCUGAGGACCAGGAGACAGGCAAACAGCUGCUGGCCCACCGAGUUCCCCUCUGCCAGAUAAACAGUGUGACCCUGAAGUAUAUCCCCAAGAAUCGUUUUUGGAGCAAGGAUGAGCCAUCCGUUGUUGGCAAGUUCUGUGUAGCACCACUGCCUCUCAAUAGCAGGACAAUGUCAUGUCUGCCCUGGAGCCUCACCCUCCCCAGCAAAACAGACAUCUCGUAUGAACUGCUUACUGCUUGUGCCUAGCUCUGCCUUCAGGAUACAAAGAAUCAGAAAGGAGUCCUAAACCUUUUGCUGCUGCUCUCUGCUCCCAGAUGAUACUUUUACCAUAAAACUGAAUGGGUCCUGAAUUUAAUCCCUGCAUUAGGGGCAAGAUGUCAAGGAAAAGAAAUAUGUAACAGAUUGACAAAUACAAGAUUAACCGGUUACAGCAAAAUCUUCCUGUUAAAAGACUGGCUUGACACUUUUGUCUCACACGUUCUGUACCCAGCUCUCAAAGUGAGACAGGAAUGUCAUUUAAUCUCAAGGUUUGAAUCUAUAUAAAAGAAUGAGUGGAUAAUAUCACUCUUUUUAUAGUGGGA